UCGAUGUCGCUGUCCUCACUUAAGUACCGGCGUCGAUUUAACAGCUGACAUAUAAUAUAAUUUCCAAACAAUUCUCGUAUUGUUAUUUAAGGAUUGUGUGUUAGACAUCAUAGUUAAAUUAAAUAUUAACUGGAAAAGCAAAGAUUUUGUGAACUAUAAACAAUAAAGAAAAUGCGCGACAUUGAGAUUUUAGAUCCCCGAAAUUUAGUGAAAAAUCGUGAAAUACUUUACAGGCUUAUUAUAAGCCAGUUGAUGUACGAUGGCCUGGAAAAGUUCGCUAUGGAGCUUUCUAUGCUAGUCAAAGCAGAUGAAUGUGCUCCAAGUGAACGCUUGUUACAUGUCAUGAUCGCCGGUAUGCAGGCAACUACUGAGAAGUCCACCACACCUAAAGAUGAUGUGUUGCCUGGCAUUGAUUUGGAGUUCGAGCCUGAAGCAUCUGCACUUGCGCCCGAACCCGCCUCCUAUGAAACUGCUUAUGUUACAUCGCAUAAGCAGUCUUGUCGCGCUGGUGCAUUUAGCCAUGAUGGCACAUUAGUUGCAACGGGCAGUGUAGACGCAAGUAUAAAGAUUUUGGAUGUCGAUCGGAUGUUGGCUAAAUCGGCACCAGAAGACAUAGAACCAGGGCGGGAACAGCAAGGCCAUCCGGUUAUACGUACACUCUAUGAUCACACAGAUGAGGUUGCUUAUCUGGAAUUCCAUCCGAAAGAACACAUAUUAGCUUCUGGUUCGCGGGAUGGCACAGUAAAACUCUUCGAUAUAGCCAAACCUUCAGUGAAAAAGGCGCACAAGGUGUUCACCGAUUGUGAACCGGUGACUUGCUUGUCAUUUCAUCCUACCGGUGAUUAUAUGGCCAUUGGCACCGAACAUUUUGUGCUACGUGUUUAUGACGUGCACACCUCUCAAUGUUUCGUAAGUGCAAUACCAUCACAACAACACAAGGGAGCAGUGACAUGUGUUAAAUUCGCACCAACAGCAAAAUUAUAUGCCACAGGCAGUUUAGAUGGUGCCAUAAAAAUAUGGGAUGGGGUCAGUGGACGUUGCAUCAAUACCAUACCGGAAGCACAUGCAGGUGCAGAAAUUUGUUCUCUGGAAUUCACAAGGAAUGGAAAAUAUUUACUUUCAUCUGGAAAAGACUCGUUGGUCUAUUUGUGGGAACUUUGCACCAGCCGACCCGUACAAACUUACACUGGCGCCGGUACUACUGGCAAACAGGAACACAAUACGCAAGCGGUAUUCAAUCACACUGAAGAUUAUGUGCUAUUUCCUGAUGAGGCGACUACUUCUCUGUGUUCUUGGAAUUCACGCAAUGGUGCGCGUUUGAAUCUGAUGUCCUUGGGCCACAAUGGUCCAGUGCGUUUUAUAACGCAUUCUCCAAACUCACCUGCAUUCUUAACAUGUUCAGACGAUUUUCGAGCACGUUUUUGGUAUCGUCGUUCAACGAAUCAGUGAGGCGACCAAGCAAAUAAUUUACAAUUGCUUUGUAAAAUUUACGCAUUUGCAAUCGGCUUGAGUAUUAGAUAAGAAUUUUGAAAUUAAAACUAUAUUAAUAAAUGGCACUUAAAAAA